CCCCCCCCCCCCCCCCCCCCCCCCCCCGUGCACAAGCCGUGCUUCGUGUGCAGCGACCGCAGCUCUGGGUACCACUACGGAGUGAGCUCCUGCGAGGGCUGCAAGGGUUUUUUCCGGCGGAGCAUCCAGAAGAACAUGGUGUACACGUGUCACCGGGAGCGCAACUGCCAGAUUGACAAGGUCACCCGCAACCGGUGCCAGUUCUGCCGCCUCCAGAAGUGCUUCCAGGUCGGAAUGUCCAAGGAAGCUGUGCAGAACGACCGGAGCAAGAGGAAGAAGGAGGUGAAGGAGGAUCUGGGGGGGGAUGAGCUGAGCCCAGAGCUGGCCGAGCUGGUGCAGAGGGUCAGCAGAGCCCACCAGGAGACCUUCCCCUCGCUGGGCCAGCUGGGCAAGUACACCACGAACUCGAGUGCUGACCACCGGGUGCAGCUGGACCUGGGGCUGUGGGACAAGUUCAGCGAAUUGGCCACCAAGUGCAUCAUCAAGAUCGUGGAGUUUGCAAAGCGGCUCCCGGGCUUCACAGGGCUCAGCAUGGCUGACCAGAUCACUCUGCUCAAGGCUGCCUGCCUCGACAUCCUGAUGCUGCGGAUCUGCACCCGCUACACGCCAGAGCAGGACACGAUGACCUUCUCGGACGGGCUGACGCUGACCCGGACCCAGAUGCACAACGCGGGAUUCGGGCCCCUCACUGACCUCGUGUUUGCCUUCGCGGGGCAGCUGCUGCCGCUGCAGCUCGACGACACCGAGACUGGGCUGCUGAGUGCCAUCUGCCUCAUCUGUGGGGACCGGAUAGAGCUGGAGCAGCCCCGGCACGUGGAGCGGCUGCAGGAGCCGCUGCUCGAGGCUCUGCGGGUCUACGCCCGGCGCCGGCGCCCGCGGCAGCCACAGCGUUUCCCCCGCAUGCUGCUCAAAAUCACUGACCUGCGUGGCAUCAGCACCAAGGGGGCAGAACGAGCCAUCACCCUGCGCACGGAGAUCCCGGGGCCGAUGCCCCCCCUGAUCCGGGAGAUGCUGGAGAACCCCGAAAUCUUCACCGAGGCGGGGGCCGAUGGCCCAGCCCCAGAGCCCCCUGCUGCCCAGGACAGUCCCCCUGGCCCCCCCAAAUCCCCAUAGCCCCACCCAGAUCGGGGGGGGGGAUCUCCAAAGCCCCUCCCAAAUGGGGUGGGACGUUCAGAGCUGCCUUCCAGAGCCCCCCUCUACUCCGUGGAGGGGGAGCUCCCCAAAGUGCCCCCUCCACCCCCAGUUUGGGGAAGGGGGCAGAGACUGACAGAGCAAAGCUAUUGCCUUAAGCUGGAGGGGUCUGGGGGUGCCCCCCAAACCUCAGCUUCACGCCAAAGCCCUCUCAGACCCCGCUGCACCCCUCCUUGUACUGGGGGGGAUGUGAGGGGGAGGAGUUCCCCCCAGCUUAAUGCCUGACACUCCCGGGGUGCCCCUCCUACGGUUUAUUUAUUGGACAGUGGGUGGAUUUGGGGGGAACACACACCCCCGUUCCCCCCCAGGACAUCCUACUCCCCCAGUCUGGGGCGGGGGGGCUGCUCGUAGGUUUCGUUUUUUGACGCUGUAUGGGUGGGAAGGGACACCCCAAAAUUGCCCUCCCCCAGUGCCCCCCCCCAAACACUACAGAGACCAAAGAUGGGGGACACAAGGUGACCCCCCCCCCCCCCCCCCCCCCCC